CCUCUCUCUCUCUCUCUCCUCUCUCUCUCUCUCUCUCUCUCAGACCCCAAUGCAAAGAUUAACGUUGUGGUGACGCGACUGACGCUCAUGUGUGAGACGGCACCUGCUCCCUUGACUCUCGACCUGCAGGGUGAUCUGGAUGUCAUUAAGAAGCAGGCGUUUAUUCUGAAGGAAGGCGUGGAAUACAGAAUAAAGAUCAGCUUCAAGGUGAAUAAGGAUAUCGUGUCGGGAUUGAAGUACGUUCAGGCCACCUACAGGAAAGGAGUGAAAGUGGAUAAGUCGGACUACAUGGUGGGCAGCUACGGGCCGCGGGCGACGGAGUACGAGUUCCUGACCCCCCUGGAGGAGGCGCCCAAGGGCAUGAUCGCCCGCGGGACCUACAACAUCAAGAGCAAGUUCACCGAUGACGACAAGAACGACCACCUCUCCUGGGAGUGGAACCUCAACAUCAAGAAGGAAUGGAAGGACUAAACUCUUCCUCCUCCUCCUCUUCCUCCUCCUUCCCUCCCUCUGCACUCAUCCAUCUCUUUUUUCCUUCCUGUGUGAAAUGCCCCCCCCCCCCGGUCUAAUCAUCGUGUCUGUCGUCAUCAUGAACGCAUUUCUGGUUUCCUUGGUGAUGACGGAAGAAAUGCGCUUUUUGUUUCCACCCUCCGUCCAAGUGUCCGUACAGUCAAUCAGUCAGUACAAUCCCCCAUCUAACCCCCCCUCCAUCUACCCCCCCCCCCCCCCCCUUCCCUUUUUUGUUUUUCUCGACUGCUUCUUUGUAUUGUGCCCCCCCCCCACACUCCCUCCCGAUUAUAGAGGAUUUUUUUCAUAAAUCUUAAAUCUAUAUGUGAAGACAAACAAAAACGUGCACAAUCCUGUUGUUUUGUGUUUUGGUUUGUUUGUAUAUAAAAGGUGAACAUAUGCGCGUGUUAAAUGGAUGCUUUUGUCCCCAGUGAUCUUCACCCCUCCACCCCCGGGCCAUUCCGACCCGACUCAAACAUUCCUCUCCCAGAUCUCCACCAGCCCAUCCCGACCCAAACAUUCCUCUCUUAGAAUUUUUCCAUUUUUUUUUUUCUUUUCUAUUUUUUUUUUACCAUGAUUUGCCUUGUUUUGUUCAGUUGAUCUGGCGUUGGUGCUUGGUUCCUGCUUGUUGUCGUUGGUUGUGUACAUUCCCCCCAAUACUGUACCAGGUAUUUUUUUGUUUCCCCCACCGUACAGACACACACACACACACAUUUAUGUCAAGACCAGCCCUUGGCAAAUGAUAUCCAGCUUUCUGGGGAAACUUCUAGAACAUCUGUCUCGUGUUCCCUGAUCUGUGUGUGUGUGCGUGCGUGUGUGUGUGCGUGUGUGUGUGUUCUCUUGAGUUGUGAGCAGCUUAGACUAGCGGCACUCUUUCGUUGAGUUUCCUAUUUCGUUUGUUUUCCUUUCGCCACAUUGCCUUAAGAGUGGGAGUCCCGCCGAACGAGCGGCGAGCAAUUGUCCGUCUCUGCCUUCCAAGCUCCACGACGACGGUCAGUCCGACGGACGCCCAAUCACGCGACGCCACCUCCUCCUCUCAGGCGGUCCCGUCAACACGGUAUUCUACACGCGUUCUAAACCUCGGUUCCCUUUCCACCUCGCGAGUGUUUUAAACUCCUGUUUUAGUCGGAAUCUGCUUUGGGACCCCCCUGCCCACCAGUCUCUCUGACCUCUCCCUCUCUUCCAUUGAGGUGCAGUAUCGCCCUCUGGUGGUCACUGCACUGCACUAAUGGGACGGCCAAUGGGCAAGCAGGAGCCUGGCCGCCGCCUCCACCUGUCUCACGCUGCUGCCAUGGUGACUGUUUUGAUUCACACUCCACCAAUCAUGGGCCCGCCGCCACCGAAUGUAGGCCUCAUCAUUUUAAAGCUGUUUUGAUGUGGAUAGGUUGGUGAUUGGUUGAUUGAUUGGUUGAUUUGAUUGGUUGAUUUUGUUUACCGUUUCGGCUCCACGUGGCACUUCUCCAACCCGACGCCCUUUCUGCCUUCUGACACUUCCUGUGGCACUCACUACAUCCCACCACUGGGGGGAGCCACUCAGACAAGGACGCUUCAUCUCAAAAUGCAGAGAAAAAAAGCCACACACUCUCCACUAAUAACACACCCCACAAGACAUAUCACACAAGGGCUGCAACUACACACGUACACACACACACACACACACACACACACACACACACACACACACACACGUGUACAAACCUCAGGAACAUGUGUGUGUGCUACACACCUGGGAGGUGAUUGUUACCUCGAAGUCAUCAGAAAGGAACUUCCUAAACAGCUGCUGAGUUUUUUUCCAUAUGAUGUGCUCGAUCAACAAACCUAUUGGGAGAGUGUGUGUGUGUGUGUGUGGACUUGUUGAAACCCCGGUCUUAACUGUUAAAUCAGAGCCCUCGACUAGUCUGAUGUAGUUGUUGACCGGACGGUUUCGAGGUGGUCUUGUGAUGGCAGACGCCGCACGGAGCUAACACCCCGCCAUGACGCCUCGUCUGUGAGACCACCUGCUUCCAGCCAACGAGAUUCGGCCACACAAUGUGUGACAGUCAGUCCUUCAGAACGUGUGUGUCAGUCCUCCAGAACGUGUGUGACAGUCAGUCCUUCAGAACGUGUGUGUCAGUCCUCCAGAACGUGUGUGUCAGUCCUCCAGAACCAGAACGUGUGUGUCAGUCCUCCAGAACCAGAACGUGUGUGUCAGUCCUCCAGAACAUGUGUGUCAGUCCUGUCUGACGAGCUCCACUUUCCUCUCCAUCUGUCUUAAAGGGCGUCUGUCAUAUCUCAUAUCUCAUGUCUCAUGUCUCAUGUCUCAGACUUUCUUUCUCAUUUCUCUCACAUCCAUCACAGUUGGAGAUUACUGUACGCCUGUGUCAACAUUAAAGUGUUCAGAACAAACUGA